AUGGGAGGGGCAGAACUUCCGCUGACGAACACGGCCCGCAGCCGUUCAACACAUCCAAGGCCGCUUCUCCUUGCGCUGUGCGCUGUAGUCGCGACCGCCACUUUUCUUGCAUACAACGCUUAUCUCUCUUCUAUAACCGCUAAUGCGACCAAACGUGUUCAACACGUUCCUCUGAAGGCUCAGCGAAUCCUUGCUCAAUGUGCAGCGUUGCAAGCGGUACCCGGCCCGCCAGAGAACUUCCUUGCAAGAGAUACUUCGGACAGGUUUGAGCCGGGCACAAGGCCAACUCUCAUUAGGAAUGCAACUCUUUGGACUGGUGCGAGGAACGGCACGGAGAUCGUGUAUGGCGAUGUGUAUAUGGACCGCGGGAUAGUGAAAGGUAUUGGCUAUAUUCCCCAGGCGUUGUACGCAGGUGUGGGAGACGUCGAGGUUAUUGAUGCGGGGAGGGCUUGGGUGACUCCUGGGCUGGUCGACUUGCACUCUCAUGUCGGUGUUUUUAGCGCACCCUUCCUUCGCGGAGCGCAAGAUGUCAAUUCAGGACAUGGUCCUGUUCUACCUUGGUUACGGAGCAUUGACGGAUUCAACACGCAUGACGAUGCUCUUGAGCUCGCAAUUGCUGGAGGCGUCACGUCCGUUCAGGUCUUGCCUGGAAGUGCAAACGCAAUCGGCGGUCAAGCAUUCAUAUUUAAGUUGCGCAAGACUUCUGACAGAUCUCCAACCUCGAUGAUUGUUGAACCCCCGCAUACCCUCAACGGUAGCGAACCUGACUCGUCUCGGCCAUUACGCUGGCGCCACAUGAAACAAGCGUGCGGCGAGAAUCUCAGGCGGUAUGGAAAUCGCAUGGACUCUAUGUGGUCCUUCCGGUCCGCAUACAAUGAGGCCCGCAAGAUUAAGUACGCACAGGACACGUUUUGCGCGAAGGCUGAGGCAGGAUUGUGGGACCAGCUUGAGGGGGAGGAUUUCCCGGAGAGUUUGCAGUGGGAGGCCUUGGUAGACGUCCUUAGAGGGCGCGUCAAGAUCGCAAAUCACUGUUACGAGGAAGUUGACCUCGACGACAUAGUCCGACUCACCAAUGAAUUCCAAUUUCCCAUCGCUUCUUUCCACCACGCAUCCGAAGCAUGGUUGGUACCCGAUGUACUCAAGAAAACGUGGGGAGGGACGCCAGCUAUAGCUAUUUUUGCUACAAAUCACCGGUAUAAGCGAGAAUCAUAUCGCGGGUCCGAAUUUGCUCCUCGUGUGCUCGCAGACAAUGGCAUCCCGGUUGUGAUGAAAUCAGACCAUCCCGUUCUGAACAGUCGUUACCUGGCGUACGAAGCCCAACAAGCGCACUACUAUGGCCUGCCGCCUCACCUUGCUCUUCUCUCUGUUACCGCUAUGCCUGCCUCGACUGCUGGAAUGUCACAUCGUAUUGGUAUCCUCCGCGAGGGUGCAGACGCUGAUGUCGUGCUCUGGGAUACUCAUCCUCUCCAGCUCGGCGCGACACCCAGGAAGGUAUGGAUCGACGGCAUUCUCCAAGUUGGCGCGGAUCAAGAGGCCAUCGUCAUCGGCAAGGGCAAGGAGGAUCGCGAGUUCCAAGAGACCCCCAGGGUGCCGAAUUGGGACAAGGAGCGCAGGAAUGCGGUGAAGUGGGAAGGCCUGCCGCCACUGACACCGGCGAAGGAGAAUGGACGAGUCGUUUUCCACAAUGUGGGGGAGCUGUGGGUACGGGAUGACUCUGAUGAGUUGGGGAUACGAGAGGUGUUUAAUACCCUUGAUGGAGAAUUGGUGGAUGUGGUUGUAGAUGGGGGCAAGAUAAGCUGUGUGGGGAAGCACUGUAUGGGCGGUAUCAACGCCAACUCGGUGAUAGAUCUCCGUGGGGGUUCAAUUUCGCCUAGCUUAAUGACUUUUGGUUCGCCGAUAGGUAUCGAAGAAAUCGCAGGCGAAGUGUCUACGGGAGAUGGCGCCACGUAUGAUCCCUUUAAAGUGGAAGUGCCGCAGGUGCUUGGAGAUCCUGGAGGCCUAGUAAUGGCGGCAGACGCAUUGCAAUUUGGAACGAGGAAUGCUCACAUUGCUCAUCGCGCUGGGGUGACUUAUGCAACAUCCUCUCUCUCAAAGACCACUCUCUUCGCUGGGCCAUCGUCCAUAUUUGCCGGACUUUCUGUCACCUUCCGUACGGGUGCUGCCCACGCACUGGAGCGCGGAGCCAUUAUCAAGCACAUUACUGCCCUUCACGUCGUGAUUGGACGAGCGGCGCCGUACUCAACUACUCCUUGGGCGAGCGUCAGCACUCAGAUCGCCACAUUAAGGAAUUUGUUGCUGAAUGGACAACCUACGAGCACGGAGACGGGGAAGUGGUUCAAGAAGGCUGCUCAGGGUGCGAUACCACUGGUUAUCGAAGUCGGUAGCGCAGAUAUUAUGGCAACGCUAAUCAAUCUAAAGAACAAUAUUGAGCAAGCGCGGGGGUCUUUCAUGAAGAUGGUAUUUGCUGGCGCAGCUGAAGCUCAUCUUCUGGCUGACGACAUUGCUAAUGCGAAUAUUGGUAUCAUUCUGCAACCCAUCAGACCGUUCCCGAACAACUGGGACAACCAUCGAAUAUUGGCCGGCCCACCGGUCACAAAUGAGACAUCGUUGACUGUCCUGACGGAUGCUGGUGUCAGAGUGGCAGUUGGUGUCCUCGAGGCGUGGCAGGCUGGAAACACCGGAUUUGAUGUUCAAUGGGCUGCGCUGGAGACAAACGGUCGUAUUGACAGAAAACAGGCACAUGCCUUAGUGUCGACGAACUUGGAAAAACUGCUGGAUGUAGAUGGAUGGAUUGGAGAUGACGGCGACCUGGUAGCAUAUGAGGGGGGGAGUGCGUUCGAUUUCUCAAGCAAGGUGGUUGCUGUCGCCUCGCCUGGCAGGGGGGUGGUGGAAUUGCUAUGA